AUGACUACUUCAAAUAAAUUAACUAUAUUAUAUUUUACUGUAUUUAUCCUAUCAUCACUUCAUCUAUCUAUUAUCUCAAACAUUGUAAGUAAUAAAUAUAUUAACACAUCAUUUAUAAAACUCAAUGUUGAAUUAAAAUUAAAAUCUAGUUAUAAUGAAAGAAUUGAAGCUACAAAUCAAUUACUUAAAGAAUUAAAUUGUGAAUAUUUAAAAAUGCAACUGCUUACAAAAGAUAUUAUAGGAAGUUAUAUUAAAUUAAAUGUUAAAAAGGAUAUGGAAACCAAGUUACUAAAUAAGAAAGGUACAUGUAAGAAAAGAUACUUAUUAUCCGAGUCAAAUUGCAUAUCAUAUGCAAAAUUAUCAAAAAUAUUGAUGAAAUUACUUCUUGAAAUUAAAGAAUUAGAAGAACUUAUUUCAAUAUAUAGUUCUGAGUAUAGAAGAUGUUUAGAUAUUCAAUACCGUCAUCAAAUAAGUGGACACAAAUAUGUAAGAUUUGGAAUGUAUACUCCAAGAAAGUGUACAAAAAGGGAAUGGCUUCAACUAUCAUUAUUAUAUAAUAGUUUGGUUACUUUCAGGGGAAUUUUUGGACAAUUACUUCAUCAUCAUAAAGAUACUGCACUUAAAGCUAAAUUGGAAAAUAAAAUGGAUGAAUAUCAAGUUCAUGAAAGAUGUAUGUUGAGAACAAGUAAUUAUAUAACAGAAAAAAAUAGAGAAAUUGAACAAGUAUCCAAAUUAAGGGGGGAAUGUAACGAAUAUUUGGCUGUAUUAGCAGAAAAUUACGCCCAAAAACCAGGAAGAAGAGUGAGGUUUCAAGAACCGGGAAGUGGUGAUUCUGAGACAUCUCAGCAAAGUGAAGACUCAGUAUUCUCAAUACCACCACCAUCAAUACCACCACCACCAUCAAUACCACCACCACCAUCAAUACCACCACCACCACCAAUACCACCACCACCAUCAAUACCACCACCACCUCCAAAACCAUCAAUACAAAAAAUACCACCACCACCACCUCCAAAACCAUCAAUACGAAAAAUACCACCACCAAAACCAUUAUUAUUGAAGUCACUGGUUUCAUCAUCACCAUUACCCCCACCACCACCAUCAUCAUUACCUCUACCACCACCAAUACCACCACCACCAUCAUCAUUACCUCCAUCACCACCAUCAUCAUUACCUCCACCACCACCAAUACCACCACCACCACCAAUACCACCACCACCACCAAUACCACCACCACCAUCAUCAUUACCCUCACCAUUACCAAUACCACCACCACCAUCAUCAUUACCCUCACCAUUACCAAUACCACCACCAAAAUCAUCACUACUGAGAUCAUUGUUUUCAUCACCACCAAAACCAUCACUACCGAAAUCAUUGUUUUCAUCAUCAUCAUCAUCAUCAUCAUCAUCAUCAUCAUCACCACCACCUCCACCACCACCACCUCCACCACCUCCACCUCCACCACUACCAAAAUUAUCAUUACGACCAAAAUAG